AUGGAUGCAUUCCUGCUCUACCUUCUUCUGCUAAUGGGAAUUGCGAAGGGAUCAGAUUAUGGCUACGUGGAAUGGUCUGAAAACGACAAAGAUCCCGAAAUCAAGGCUAAAUAUCCGCUUUACAGCACCGGGGAGACGAUGCACCAGCAGCCGACAGUCUCCAGCACCGAGCGGACGGCGGUGGCGCAUAAGCUCGAGGAGGAUCUGCCGCGGGUGGUCACCGCUUUCCUGCACACGGGGGACUCGUCCACCCUGGAGCAUGUCAACUGCUCUCGGCGGUACGAGCUGAGCAGCCUCCGCGGUGGAGCUCACGCCGCUUCGCACUCCUCCCUCCACGGCGUCCUCGACACCAUGGCGCACGCCACCAACGUCCUAAACAUGCUCCUGCAGUCCAACAGCUCCAGGGAGCAGCAUCUGAGGAGGGAUGUCCAGUGGUACCACGCGCUCGUGACGAGUAUGUUGGAAGGGAAUCCUAAAAUCCACCGGGUGGUGCUCACAUUUCACACGGAGUCUCCUGAGGCGCCCGGUCCGCAGGUGUUCCUUCAGGCGACCAGAGGCGAGGAGCGCAUAGUGCUUCAAGAUCUGUCCAACACCGCGCACCAUCGCCUUAAAAACAGGACGUCUGAGUCCGACUGGUUCAACAAGUUUCGGGACCGCAAGAGACCCCAGAGGCUGGCCAAAAGUCGAGGGUUUCCAGCAGCGCAGGGCGGAUAUUUUCUGGACAGAAGUCAUGUCAAGUGGUCUUCGCCCUAUCUAGAGUGCGAGCACGGCAGUUUUGUGCCGCACUGGCUGCUGACGCUCUCCGCCGGUUUCUAUGGUCUGAAGAAUAACACGGCGCCGGAGUUUAGAGGAGUUGUGCGUGUGGAUGUUAAUCUGCAGGAUGUGGACAUUGACCAGUGCUCCAGCAGCGGCUGGUUUGCAGGAACUCACCGCUGUAACUUGACAACUAUGGAGUGUAAACCGAUUGCAGGCCAUGGAUUUGUGCUGGACAAGUACACGUGCCAAUGCAAGAGUGGUUUCUAUCACCAAAGCCAAGUGGCGCUCAAUGGCUUCUCAAAAUCAGACCGGGAAACGUACACUGAUCAAUCCUGGGAACCGUCCGGGAGGUGCUUGCCCUGCCGAGAAGGCUGUCCGUUCUGCACAGGCGACACACCGUGUGUGGCUCAGGAGGACAUGGCCCUCCGCCUCGCCAUGGUCUCCUUUCAGGGCUUCUGCAUGCUCCUGGACCUCAUCAGCAUGGUGGUCGUCUACCACUUCCGUCGCAACAAGAGAAUCAAAGCAUCUGGUCUUAUACUUCUUGAAGCGAUACUUUCAGGAUCUGUACUUCUCUACUUGCCUCUAAGCACACCUCCCAGACCAUCUGUGAUAGUCAACAGCUCCUGCAUUUAUAUGAGAGAUGAGGGAGGAUGA